AUGUCUACGCCGUCGACUCAGCAGCUCAUUGAGGAGUAUACGGGCAAGGUGGUGCCGUAUUCCUUCAAUGGAGGAUUCGUCUGCUUGAGUUAUGCCAUCAGUUUGGUUGGUACGGCGACAACACUCGAGCUGAUUAGAAGAAGAACAUCACACAGAGGAAUGCACAACUUGUUAUUAUUGAUUGGCGCCGCCAUUGCAAUGGGUGGAAUUGCCAUUUGGUCCAUGCACUUCAUCGGCAACAGAGCAAUUUAUAUGCUUCACGGCGAGGAAGGCCUUCAAAUCGCCUAUUCUACCGCCCUCACCGUCAUGUCCCUACUGGUCCCAAUCCUUGUGCUCGUCCUCGCAUUUCUCGGCGUCAGCGGCAACGGUCGAAUUCAAUGGUGGCGAAUCGUUCUUGCAGGAGUACUCUCUGGUGGUGCUAUUUGCGGCAUGCACUAUCUCGCCGAUGCGUCCAUCAGCAACUACACCGGUUCUUAUCGACUUUCCUACCUCAUUGGCUCUGUCGUGAUUGCGUUGCUUGCCAGUACGACCGCCUUGGCGCUCUUCUUCGUCUUCGAAAACACUUGGAGCAAUGCGUGGUGGAAGAGAUUGGGUUGUGCCAUGGUUCUUGCGGGAGCUGUGUCUGGUAUGCAUUGGUGUGCUGCUGUUGGUACGAGUUAUACGUUGAAGGAUACGACUAGCAAAGGAGUCUCGCGCCAGGAUGCCAUGAUUAUCGUCAUCUGUUUGGCCAUCGCUGCUGGUAUUGUCAUGACGGGUUUGGCCGUCUAUGCAGGUUGGGUUAGACGAGACUACGCCAGCAAGUCUCAGCAAGUCGUCCUGGCGGCCGGUGUCUUUGAUGAAAGGGGUCGAAUCAUGGUCAGUCAAGACGGUUACCUACCUAGUGAGGUAGUCACAGACACAUAUCUUCCAAAGUCCAACGACGACGUCUUCAACACCAGCCAUCCUCUAUUCCACUGGAUGUUCCGUGCCUCCCGCAACUGGGACACCAUCUCCAAAGUCAUGAACAAAAUGGCCAGCCACAUUGCCUUUCUCGCCCAAGAACGCAAUACCGGAAGAGCGGGCGUACGACUCAUUGGCGAAGACGGGGUUCUCGUAGAUGACUACGACACCAUUCUACGUGAGCUAUUCUGCGUUACUGCCGACGCACUCGCCGCCAAGACCAAAGAGACCCUCAAUGGCGUUGGAACCCUGUGGGACGAAAUCUUUGUCACCGGCGACUCCUCAAAGAAUCCCGGCUCUCGCCGCAAGGGCAUGAGCAGCGACAAGCUCAGCUUGAACAGUCUAGCAGAAAAGGGUUUCCAGCUCAACGGUCAAGAAUACGGCCGAGGUUGCCUCAUGUUCCUCGUCCGUAAACUGGACAACAAGAGAGAAGUCGAGAAGCUCGAGGCGGCUGGAUACCGAUUCGCCGAAGUCCAUCAGGUCGUGAGCUCUAUUCGAUCCAGCAUGCAUAUCAAGACCCCAGAUCUGGAGGCUCGGCUACGCAUCAUGUCCAACCGAAAAGAUACGACUAGCAUGCUGACCCCUGGCCUUCACGUCGGAAUGUUCGCUGUUCGCGCUUGCGUGGACCGAAGAGGAUUCGACGUCCUUGCCCAAAAGACUGCCAAGAACUUGCUCCCGUCUGUUCCCCUGCCGUUAACUCAUAUUGAGCCCAGUCAUGCUGGUUUCCUAAACUCCAUGCGCGGCAUGACUCUGGCGACUAUUCUGCUCAAGCUGGAGAAGCAUCAGCAUACUUCUCCUCAGGAGAAGCUCUUUGUGACGGCUCUUCGAGACGCAAUCUCCAAGCUACGAGAUUUCCUCGGCGAUGAAGCCUUUGACGAAGCAACUCUGUUGCCCAAGGAAGUUCAACUUCCAUGUGCAGCUGCUGCUACAGGCAAAUCCAUUUCAAAAUGUACUCUCAUUGCAUUCCAGCUUGUGCUACCUAUUCACUCGACUGUUCUCUCAGCUCAGUGCGAGUUUACGCCCCUCAACUUCUUCAAGAUGCGCCAGCUCACGUACGAGGGCUCAUCCCACCAUGUUGAGUUCUCCCACAUGGUACACCGGGACAUGUCGUCGGCAGUGCACGAAAUAUCAUCAAGACGGUUUAGUACCACCCCGCAAGUGGGCAGCAAAUACUUCUCCCGAGCAGUAGACAAGGUCAGGGACAACAUUGGCCACCGGAGACAUGGAACUGCUUCCUCGUUGUCUCCUACCAAGAGCCAGGAGCAGCUGUCCAAGGUGGCCUCGCACCCAAGCUCAAUAUUCAAUGGAGACGACGGUAGCUUCGAUGACUCCCGGAAGCUGUCAUCGGCAAGCUACAGCACUAAGAACAAGGAGGAAGGUCAAGGCAAGCAGUUCCACGUCUUUGGCGGCAUCAUGGUAUCACAAGAAGUAUCCAUAAAUGUCCAAGAGACACAAAAUGGAGACGGCGACUCCAAUCCCCCUGAACAGCAAGGCUCAGAGCUGAAAACCCUCCGCUCUCGAGCCGACACCCAAAAUAAAAUAGAAAACUACUACACUGCCACAGCUACCGGCGAAAACAAAUUAGACGGACAAGGGAAGCAGGAAGAAUCCGCCUUUGUAGACGAGCUGCUCGCUCUGAGUAUGCAAGCAGACAAGCGGGCGACCGUGUAA